UUUGAAUCAACUCAAUCAGGGCAGAUUUCAUUCCUUGGCUGUUUGGCAAACACGAACUACUCAUUCGCAAUUUAGUCAUUUUGUUAUCAAAAUUUAUUAUUCUUUCAAUGAUGUUAUCUUCGUAUCUAAAACCGUAUUACCGUGUUGCCGUAUUGGCAGUUUUACGGGCGUUUUAUCUUUUGAUUCUCUGGCACAAAAAUGUUACGACACAGGCCACGGUAUUUCUUUGCUAGAUCACUGAUCCAGUCAUGUUGCGGAUGCAGUAGCAGACUGAGACUGUGAUAUUAUUAUCGAUAACAAAACCUGUUCCGGGUGUUCCCUCCUCAAAUUUUGCUGUUGCCUUUUGAUUAUCAUUCUGAUCUUUUGAUAACGCUUCCAUGGCAUCCUCAGCAUCCUUGCAUUCUCCCUGCAGUUAUCCGCCGUCUAAUGGUGGCUUUCAUUGUCGCUCGCAAGCCAUGGGCUGUUACGAUCUGAUGGACACUUUGGGUCGAGGAAACUUCGCGACUGUCAAGAAAGCCGUCCAUGUCUUCAGCGGAGAGGAAGUGGCCGUGAAGAUCAUUGAUAAAACUAAGCUAGAUGCGACAGGACGAGCUCACCUUUUGCAGGAAGUGCGCUGCAUGCGCCUGGUCCAGCAUCCCAAUAUUGUGCGCCUUUAUGAAAUCAUCGAUACUCCAACAACCUUAUUUUUGGUUUUGGAGUUGGCUGAUGGAGGUGACCUAUACGAUUACAUGCUGAAGAACGAAAAGGCUAUGUCAGAAAAGACUGCUAGACAUUAUUUCAGUCAGAUUGUUCAGGCUGUGGAAUAUUGUCAUCAACUGCACGUGGUACAUCGAGAUUUGAAACCAGAAAAUGUCCUAAUGUUCCGCAAGCAUCGUAUGGUGAAGCUGACUGAUUUUGGGUUUGGACACUUUUGCCAGCCGGGAAUAUCGUUGGAUACGUCUUGUGGAUCGCUGCGUUAUUCAUCACCGGAGAUCCUAUUCGGUCAGCGAUACGAUGGACCGGCUGUCGACGUCUGGGGGUUGGGAAUUUUACUUUAUGCAAUGGUUUGCGGACGGCCACCGUUCAUGGAAUUAAAUGACUCGGAAACAAUAUCGGCCAUUAUGGAUUGCCGUUAUCCCAUACCACUAACGCUGUCGGCAUCUUGCGCACACUUGAUUGGACGGAUGCUAGUCAAAAAUCCUGAUCAACGUGCCACUGUAGCUGAAAUUCUGCAGCACGUCUGGCUGCAGUCUCCGCUUCCUCUUCAAUCUCCGGGAUCGGCUCCUGGCUCGAUGGACUGUGAUAGUCCGGAGUCUCAUCUUGCGACCUUGAAUUGUCCUCUAGUACUGUCACGACAUUUGUCGGAUGAUGCACAUGAAAGGAUUAUCAAGAUAAUGCUGGAUGGAGGUGUAGCUGCUCAUCCGGACGAUAUUGACUGUGCACUUGCCAGCGACGAGUACAAUAACAUAACGGCCACGUAUUAUCUUCUGGCUGAGCGUCUGCUUCGGAUGCAAGCGCCGCCACCCCCAAGUUUUGAAGAAGAGGAAUUCGUGUCGGUGUCAGCGCAUUUCGGUGCAAUGGAGACUGAUGAUUUUCGCGGUGGUCGCUUAAAUGGCCGAUGUCGCCGGAUAACGAACACGGUCGGCAAGCGUACGGUUGAUCUGACGUCCGUGGCAGAAAUGUUGGAAGAACUGGCGGAAGAGGAGGAAGAAUUACUGGACAAUGCUAUGAUUGAUAACAGUAUGCAGCGAACAAGGAACAGUGCCUCGCCGCGAUUUAGCCCCUCGAGUAAUCGGCGCUUAGUGAAUACGAAAUCUUCGCCGCAUUUAAAUAUGCUGAAUAAGAUCAAGGAGGAAGUGAAGGUUAAAGAUGACGAUGAUGAUUUCCUCGAUGAGGCUUUCUUUGUCGAAAUGGAGCGGGCAAGCAAUGACCCGAAUUCUCUAAGGAACCGAGAGCGACAGUUGACGUCUCCCGAGCGUUUGAAACGGAUUGAGCGAUCCCGAAGGACGCGGUCCAAGUCUGGUAGCGGGAGUAGCCAAACGUCAUCCGAUACAUCUGAUACCGAAGAGGUUGGCGGCAGUACAUCACGAACUACCGCAUCGCGCCUAUCUUUCUCCCGCCAUCGUGUCCAACCUCAUCGUCAUCGCAGCACGUCCAGUUGUUCCAAUCCCCCAGUCUACAGUCGGGAAUCUAGCGAAAAUGCUUCGCCUAUCCGUCGCUCAACGCCUGUUUUAUUUCACAUGGGGGAAGAAGAUCGCGGCAUGACCUGCUCAGCGAAAAACACGAACAGUAAAAAACGCGUUUUGCAGCAUUCACAAUCGCUAAUGGUCAUUCCCUGCCAUUCGGGGAAGUUGGCCGCUGUCGCGGAUACGGCCAAAGGUAGCCGUAAACGCAGUUCACUGCAUCGUCCGCACAGUCUGCCACCCGUGCCCCACGUGAAGGUAUUAUUAGAAGGGAAUUAUCCCAUGGCACAGGCAAACCCCAGUAAUGUCAGUCCGCGACUGAGUAGUCUGUGUAUUCGGCAACAGUGUUGAAGCAUGAGAUUAUUGUUGUGAUAAAGAUUUGAUUUAAGUUAUUGCGGUGUGAAAUUGUGUGUGUAAGAGAUUUUUUGUUUUGAGGGGUGUUAUCUUAUCCUUUUAGUAGUUAACUGGCUUUUGUAUCUGACUUUUUUCUCUGUGACAAUCGGGCCCCCUGCUUGAUACUUUUUUUGCUGCACUUUCCGGGAAUGUUUCCCGGUGUACAGGGUAUAAUAUUAUGUGCUAUUUAUUCCGCUGUAAUAUUCCACGUUUUCGUGGAAAAGCAGACUGCGGGUAGCCCUUUUAUAGAAUUGUACCGAUCGGUUUAUGAAUGCAGAAUCUUAUGUUUACUGUGGUUUGAUCAGUUUGCAACAGAGCUGUUGCUCGUUCGAAUUUUGUGGUUAAUAAAA